GCUGAUGCUUUAAUCCUGGGUCACAGAAAGUUUAAGAGUGCUUUACAGGGGAGACUCACUUCUUUUUGCCUCAACCUUUCCACACUGACGGGAUGUUACGGGUUUUGCUGCUUACUCUCUUUGUAGUUGCUGUUGCUGAUGCUGAGCUCUGCAAACCAGAUGCACAAAAUGCUUUCAAAGUGCGGCUUAGUAUCAAAACAGCUUUGGGAGAUAAUGCAUUUAAGUUCCCAGACCGGCACGCAUUAUCACAGUAUGCUUACACCUUCCUUCAUUCACAAGGCAAGAGUGUAUACCUGGGAUGCCAAUGAAGAGUACCUCUUCAAAGCAAUGGUGGCUUUUGCAAUGAGAAAAUAUUCCAGGAAGAGCACAACUCAAAUUUCCAAUGUGCUGCUCUGCAAUGUGACAGAUCGGGUGUCAUUUUGGUUUGUGGUCACAGAUUCUUCCAAAAAUGUGACAACUGUUCCUGGAAGUGAGGUAGAGGCAGCCAUCAGGAUGAACCGGAACAGAAUCAACAGCGCAUUCCUACUGAGUGAGAAAACGCUGCAGUUCCUGAAGAUAACCUCAACUUUAUCACCUCCUGUUGAACCGUCCACACCUGUCUGGCUUAUCGUAUUUGGUGUUGUUCUUUGUCUCAUUGUGGCUGCAAUUGUUUUCCUCAUUGUUGCAGGGAUUCAGCAACGCAAGAAAAAGAAUAAAGAGUCAACAGAGAGAGAAAAUUUAGAAGAGAAAGACGAAGUGACAGUAACAGUAGAAAAUGGCAGUCCUUGCGAAGCGCUGGAUUUAAAAGCAGGCCAUGUUAAUGGAGUCUUUGCAGCAGAUGAUGAACGGUUCACGUCCUUAUGAAAUGCUGCCAUUGCUAUCUGGUGUUUUUUGAAAGACUCCUGUGUCUACCUUAUCUCGUCACUACUCCUGAAUGUCAAGCAUGAAGACAAGAAAAAUGUCCUUUCACUUAAUUUCCCUCGAGAGAACCUUUUGCUGAUAACACAUCCACUCGAACCUCCAUUGCAAAGCUUUUGUUCAUGAGCAAAGCAAAUGAGAAGACCUCAGAUUAUAUCCAUUAAAGAUUUCCAGAAGAUGUGUGGCCAAACAGGGGUGAAACCUGCCUUGUGUCAGACAUUUAAUUUUAAUGAUUAUUUAAAUAUGUCCAUUGCUUGUUUUUCCCUGAGGUGAAUGUGAAACGGCAUUAUUCCUGCAUGUCACGGGGGAGAUCAUCUAUCAUUGUCAAUUCUUGCUGGGCUUUCUUUCAAGCCAUAUGCAAAAGUUUCUCUGUAAAAUGUAAAAUUCUGUUUGCUGAUAUGCAGUAAGCCUUUGGAUGGAAUAGUGAUCAGUGCAUGAAAGUUUUCAUUUAUUGAGGAAAAAAAAAAGCAAGCUUUGGCAGCCUCCAUAAGAGCAAGUUAAAAAGCAUCUGGGUCAUCUAUAGCUUUAGGGCUAGCAAAGAUCUGGUGCUUAAAGUGUUUUUCACUUAGCAGUUAAAGUCACAGAUUACAUGACCUGGAAAUCAAAAGUUGCAAAAGUUUGAAAUUUGUUGAAAUUAAAAGUUGCAACAAAGGGCAGAUUUUCCAAAGGUGCAGUCUCUGCUUAGUGGCCCAGCUCCCAAUAAAUCUAUGAGGCCAUUUCACAGCUCUUUGAAAAAAUCUUACAUUUUUAAAUAAUAAAACUAGAGUAGAUUUCCAACACAUAGCCAACCCGGGGUCAGAUGAACCUUCAUGUGACAGCUGGAUAGCUUUUGAAAGACUCGGUGCUUGAAACACCAGCUGCUGGCCUUGGUGCACCUGAGCUGGAGGAGAACGUGUAGGUGGUGGUAAGUUGGCAAAGACCAUUCAGUUCUGUGUUUCCUUUUUGCGUGGCUGGGAGUUGAGGGCAUCAAAUGGUGCCAGACCCUGAACUGCAUUGUUGGAUUACUUUGGAGUCCACCAUACAUAGAGACUGCGCUAUCUGUGCCCUAAUCGCAUUCCCAUUUAAAUCAGUGAUAAAAUUCUGACUGAUUUCAGAACUGGGCCCCAGUAAAGGGGAGUUGUAUGUGUGGGUAACUGUACACAGAGAAUGGAAGUGUGUUGAAGCAAAUGAUAUCUGCAGUCACCAAAUAGCUGCCCACGUUACUGGAGGCAGGAUUUGACCAUUAGCCAUCCUGUUUCCAGUGUCAUGUUUGGAGGCAAUAUUAGAAAACCCAUUUACUUAUGAGGGUUAUUCCCUCAGACUCCUCACCAACAGGAAUGGGGUAAAACAGGGUAAAAGCUGCUUGUAAAGGACAAUCCAGUGUUCUGAAGGAUACAAAGGUUUCUUGUCUCCCAAAGUACAAAUUCUUCAGCAUUUUGGCUGUUUUGAGCACCUUUGGCUGCCCAUUUGACUCAGUGCUGGCUCUUGGGAACGGGGUGAGCAGAAGAAGAGGAAUGGAGAGGAGAAGGGGAAGCAGCAAGAAGGGAAGAAGCUGAGCGAGGGAAGGCUAGAGGAGGCGGGGAGAGAAGGGCUAAAUGCAAAAUAAAACUAUGGAACCCACUGA